AAAAUUGUGUUAAAAAAUAAAGUUUAAUAAAAUAAUAAAUGAAUUAAUUUAAAAUAAAAAUAUUUUUGAAAGGAUGCGAACAAAACAAUGACGAAGAAAAGAAUCUGUUGACAAAAAUAAAACUAAACUGAAAUAAAAACUCAUACAUAAGCAGAAAUUAGUUUUUUUAUGCAAAAGAAAAAUAUUCAAACAUAAAAAAUGUCUACAAGGCAUAACUACACGAAUCCUGCAUUUUGCCAGCAAAGUGAAUUUUAUCCAACCCUCAGUUUAACAGAACAACAUAAAAAUCAUGCUAAUAAAUUAUCACAACUUCGUUUAGAUACAUCUUUAAUAUCUGUAAAUGGUGGACUUAAUGAUGGUACAACAAUAAGUAAUAUUGGAGUACGUCGUAUUCAACGGAGUGUAUCGACGCGUUCAUUUAAUACAACAACAUCUUCAAAUAAAGUAAAUGCUAUCAACCGUAGUCAAAUACUUUCGAAUAAUUCCACACCUCCAAAACCGGGACCUAAACCAACAAAUUUAAAUCGUACAAUAAAUAACACAACAAAUGCAUUUGAAACAACAACACGAUCUGGAAGUGGUCGUUAUGCUCUAGUGCCAGUUGAGGAAUUAUCAAACAGUAAUAAUAUAAAUCGUUAUGCUAUUAUACCAAGCUCAUCAACACAACAGAUUCAAAACAAAAAUAUUACGUCAAUAGUAGAACAACCGUCCUCAAUCAAAAGAACUGAUUCAUAUCGUUAUGCUAAAAGUCAAGAGAAUAUUGAUCGUUAUGCACAUAUACCAAUUAAAGAUGAACCAGCAUCAUUCAAUGAAGAAUCAGAUACAUUUACAAGUUUACCACCUAUGACAAUAAGUGAAGAGCAACCUCGUCUAAAAUCAGCUUUUUCUAGCGAUUUUGGAAGUAAAUCAUUUGUUUUAGUUGACCACAAGAAUAAUCAAAAAUACGCAAUGGUACCGACAGCAGAUGAUGAAGAUUUAGUUGAUGAUAAUCAUGAGAUAAUCCAAAUGCACCAUGGCCGAGUUCAUAGAUAUGCUGUUAUUCCGACAGAAGAGGAAGAUGAUGAUGAUGAAGAAGAAGAAACAUGUUUAAGUAACACAGAUUUAAAUCAAACCUACCCAAAUUCACAAGAAACAAUACAACUCCAACCACUACAAAGCUCAACACCACAAAAAAACCCAUUUAGACAACAGUCAGUGCAACGAACUCCACAAUUAACACCACUGCAAAAAGCAAACGAAAACUAUCCAACUACACCAAUAAAAAAUCCUGAUGCAACAAGAAGACUACAUGAACUCUUGUCCACACCAAGAAAAACACCAAAACCAACCUCUAAUUUAACACCAAAUAAUAUAAGUAGAAAUGAUAUAGAAAGAAAUUCAAAAAGAUAUUCAAGUCAAUCUAAAAUUUAUGUUCAUGGCAGUCGUCUUAAUAUAAACCAUAUUAGAGAAAAUGAGUUGAAUCCUCAAAAACUAGUAUAUGACCACGCAUAUCAACAGCCAAACAAAAUUAAACCAAUAGAGCAACAAUAUAAAUCCAAUAAACAAAAUCAAAAAAUAAAAGGUAAUGAAGCUAGGACUACAGCUAUCAUAACACCACGUGUUGCAAAUUAUUCUAAUAACACUGAUAACGAAGAUGAAGAUAGUUGCACAAAAUCUUCAUGGAAUACCUCAUAUCCACAAAAGGUAGCAAAUGCAACUGCUACAUUGGGUGUAAUAUCAUUAAUGUUAACUUUAGGCAGUAUAAUGAACACAGGGCUCUGUUUGUACUUAAUAGCUAAUAAUGGCCGCACAUUUUAUUUAGAAUUUGCUUUAGCAGCUGCAUUCGCUGGAGUUGGACUUGGUAUAUUAGGAUUUCGUACACGUCAUUGCGAAUGGUUACCGAACCGUAGUUAUAUAUCUGGUUACAUUUUACUAACAGUAUUUUGUUUACUUAAAUGCUGUGGAUUAUUGGUUUUGUUAGCAUUAGAUCCGUUUCCCGGAAUACCAUUACAUGAUGUUACCACUGGUAUUGUUUUAGGUUUAUCAACAUUUGAAGUAUUCUUUAUUGGAUUAGGCGUACUGGGAUCAUGGUGGUGUCAUAGACCGCCACCUGAUAACAGAGUUAAUGUUUAUUAA